UUAAAAAAUCAGUGCUGAAUUGCACAAAUUACGCCGAAACCGUACAUCUUGACAGGUAUGUAUUAUAUAUAUUUUGGAGUCCAAACUCUCCAACAUUUUACACUGAAGGUUCAGCACCUGAACGUUUCUACUUCCGGUUCACUUGACGUAACAUCUGGGACUGUGCACCAAUCCGGGAAUUGCAGCUUUUUCGUAACUCUUCUCCUAACCAAACGCUUCAAACAUUCUCAUCGAGGGGCGGGGUCACCUGCUUCACAGACGAGAGUAAGAAAUGAGGAGAGGAAAUCCAGGCCACGACAAACAACUGAAAAACGAAAGAAAAUGAGGAGUCCCGCAGACGUCACUGUAGAAGAUCUUCACCCCGAGAAGCACAAUCCCCUCCACGUUAAACAGGAGGAGGAGUCUGAGAUGACGUGUAUCAAACAGGAGGCGGAGAUGACAUGUAUCAAACAGGAGGCGGAGCCAGAGACCCUCUACAUUAAAGAAGAAGAACAGGAAGAUGAAAACCCCAAGUUUCCAAUGUGUGUUAGAGUGAAGAUCGAAGAAGACGAAGGUCCAAGCGAAGAGAGCGGAUCAAAACAUUGGAGCGACAGCUCAUUUCAGAACCUGACAACAAAAAGAGAGGGACAAUCGCAACUGGACGGCCUUUUGGCCCCGCUUUCGGACAGCGACGAUGUAACGUCACACUCUUCUGACUUUAACACUGAUGACGAGGAGGAUGACUUUGACCAAAAUGCUUCAAAAUCCUUAAACAUGUCAUCAUUGAAAAGAGACAUUCAAGAAAGUGCGGUGAGGAAAGCUUUUCCCUGCUCACUUUGUGAUAAAAUAUUUUCUUGGAAACAUCAAUUAAAAUCACACAUGUCUACACACACCGGGGAGAAGCCUUUUGGCUGCACACUUUGCAAUAAAAGAUUUUGUCGCAAUUCUAGUUUACUUAGACAUAAACGUACACACACUGGAGAGAAGCCUUUCGCCUGCACACUUUGCGAUAAAAGAUUUCAUCAGAAGACUGAUUUAAAAAGUCAUAAGCGUUGGCACACUGGAGAAAAGCCUUUCACCUGCACGUCUUGUGGUAAACGAUUCACCCAUAAGGGAAAUUUAAACAAACACACACGCAAACACACUGGAGAGAAGCCUUUCGCCUGCACAUUUUGCGAUAAAAGAUUUCAUCAGAAGUCUCGUUUAGAAGUGCAUCAGCGUACACACAGUGGAGAGAAGCCAUUUGCCUGCACACUUUGCGAUAAAAGAUUUUAUCAGAAGCCUCAGUUAGAAGAGCAUCAGCAUACACACGCUGGAGAGAAACUUUUCGCCUGCACACUUUGCGAUAAAAGGUUCGAUUGUAAGGAUGAUUUAGAACUGCAUCAGCAAUCACACAGUCGGAAAAAGCCUUUUGCCUGCACAACUUGUGGUAAAAGAUUCGUCGAGAAGGGAGGUUUAAAGAAACACAUAAGGACACACACUGGAGAGAAGCCUUUCUCCUGCACUCUUUGCGACAAAAGAUUUUCAACGAAGAGUCAUUUAGAACAACACACACAUACACACACAGGGGAAAAGCCUUUUGCCUGCUCAUUUUGUGAUAAAAGAUUUGCUCAGAAAGGAAAUUUAGUCUCACACGCAAGAGUACACACCGGAGAGAAGCCUUUUGCCUGCACACAUUGCGGGAAAAGAUUCACUCAGAAGGGACCUUUAGUAUCACACACAAAAAAACACACUGUGUGACUAAAUAUUCUGAUUCCUGCCAUGCAUUUACAGUGGAAAAAGCAUUUAAAUUUCUUUAUUCAGUUUCCCUUAAACCUCUUUUGAAAAAGUUAUUAAAAGGCACUGUUCUUUUUCACUGCUAUCCAAUAUUGUGAUUUUCUUAAUUGAAUCAAUUGAGUUUCAUGCCUCUCUGUUGAGUUUGUUCCAUAACUUGCAUACGCUGACUAAAGACACUUUCAGACUUGUAUCCUGGUAAAUUUACGUGUAAGGUGACAUGGCUUUCCCACAUGGGGAAAUGUCCCGGGAAUAAACCGGGUGUGUGUCAUUUGAAAAAGUUGUUGAAACGAUUUUGCAUGGUGCUUUGUUUUUCGCAGCUAUCCAAAUAUUCUGAUUAAAAAAUAAUCAUAAUAAAUUGCAUUACAUCUUUCUGUUCAGACUGCUCCACAAUUUACAUAUGGCUCACUGCUUUUCACAAAUUUACUUCUGAAUGUUGACAUUUGAAAUCGAGCUCUAUAUUUCCUCGAAAACAACUUCCUCCCUUCCACCUUCAUCUCUCA